GUCUACCUCCCUUUUUCCUCUUCCCUUCCUCCUCGAUCCUCCCUCAAUCCUUCCAUCUUCUUACGACAUCAACCACAACAACAACCAAAAAAACAAAAACAAAAAAAAAAAAACUCUUUGCUCAAUUGAUCAACCAAGGGCGAUAUAGUCUCAUCCCUUUCACUCCACACUUUGCUCUCCCCAGGACAGUAAGAGUAUGACUGGGGUUCCCAAUGGAACAGGCGCACGAUCUGUGCAUGGCCCUGGCGGAGGUCCUCCUGUUAGGAGUGGCACCCUCCGCCGGGGAAACACUCUGAAUCGUGGCAAGACCCUCUCCCGUCCCGAUCGUUUCCAGACCCCAGAGACGAUGUUCAAGAAGCGGAAGGAGGACGAACCAGCAUCCUGUUGGGUGAUCUGUUCUCGAAUCAUGACCUGUUGGGCAUUGCCACCGUUCUUGAAGAUGUGCGGCAUGUCCGACAAACAGGUUCAACAGGCCUGGCGAGAGAAGGUCACUUUAUGUCUGAUCAUCUUGUUCAUCGGCGGUAUCGUUGCCUUCUUGACAGUCGGAUUCUCCUUUCUGUUGUGUCCUAGCAGUGACAGACAAGGAGCACAGACAUUUGUUCGAUAUGCAGAUGUGCAAUCCCAAGGCCUAUAUGGAAUUAAUGGAAAUAUUUAUGAUUUCUCGGCCAGUGACGCAACCUACCCUAAAGACCUUUUCCUCGAUGAUUUGACCCCAGGCCAGGACCUCAGCAAUUUUUUUGCCAAGGAUACUCCUCACUGCAUCGGACUCGAAUCUGCUGCAGCAAAGUUCGACAACUGUUUGGCUCCAGGAGGCUGUCCCGGUGAAAUCACAGCCACACGAGAAUCUCUUUAUUCAAAAUAUAAACUUCGUCAGGUUCCCAAAAAAAAAGCUGGAUAUGACUGGAACCAGAUGGAGAGAAGUGAGCUAGCGAAUUAUAUGGUCAUUGACGGCAAUGUGCUCAACCUCGACAAGUACUUUGCAUUUUAUAAAUCACCCAUCCCCAACGAUGAGCUCGAUACAGUUUUGCGUUAUGUCAGAGAUCUACCCAUGCCCGAGGGAGGACGGGAUGCUACAAAGACAUUCUUCAAACGCGAAUCCCUCAAGAAUUCAGCCUCGUGCCUGGUCGAGAAAUUCGGCGCUGGCUUCAUUGACAAGGCCACACCUGGAUGCUUUGCCUCGGACCUGUUCAUGUUUGUGUCGUUAACAGUCGUGCUCGGCAUUGUCAUGUCUCGCUUUGCAAUGGCCAUCAUCUUUGACUGGUUCUUGUCCGCUAAACUCGCCAGACCACCUUCCAAGGCAAAGAUCCACAGUAGCUCUUCCGCAGCCUCCUCAGGAACAACGAUCGUCGCCUCAGCACCCGGAAAAGGCUUGUCGCGCACAACAACCCCAGUAGGCGGUGAGGCUACCUUUGAGGAUCUGCACACAGUCAUGCUUGUCACUUGUUACUCUGAAGGAGAGGCUUCACUCCGCACUACGAUCGAGUCCCUUGCGGGCACAGAGUAUCCGGACAACAAAAAGCUGCUCUUCAUUAUCUGCGAUGGAAUCAUCACAGGAUCCGGCAAUGACCGUUCCACCCCAGAGAUUUGUUCUAGCCUCAUGGAACUCGACCCCGCCUUCGACUCGGACCCAACCCCUCAAUCCUACAUUGCUGUCGCUGCUGGAUCAAAACAGCACAACCGCGCCAAGGUUUAUGCUGGCUACUUCCGCUGGAAAAACCAUCGUGUCCCAACAGUCCUUGUUGUCAAAUGCGGAAACGAAGCAGAGCAUGAUAAACCCAAGGCCGGAAACCGUGGCAAACGUGAUUCUCAGCUGAUUCUGAUGAACUUUUUCUCGCGUGUUACCUAUAACGAUCGGAUGACUCCCCUGGACUAUGAACUUUUCCGCAAGAUCCAACAUCUGAUGCAGGUCACCCCGGACAAGUUUGAGAUUGUUUUGAUGGUGGACGCAGACACAAAAGUAUACCCAAGCUCAUUGAAGUUAUUGAUGAACUGUAUGAAUAACGAUCCGUUGAUUAUGGGACUCUGUGGGGAAACCAAGAUCGCCAACAAACGUCAGUCCUGGGUCACGGCAAUUCAAGUGUUUGAGUACUACAUCUCACAUCAUCUUGGAAAGGGAUUCGAGUCAGUCUUUGGAGGUGUGACCUGUUUGCCUGGAUGUUUCUGUAUGUACCGUCUCAAGGCACGCAAGGGAGAGGAUUGGGUACCGAUCAUUACAAAGCCCGAAAUUGUUCAGGAAUACUCCCAAAACAUUGUCGACACCCUUCAUCAAAAGAACUUGCUGUUACUGGGAGAGGAUCGUUUCUUGACAACAUUGAUGCUUCGUAACUUCCCCAAUCGUAAGAUGAUGUUUAUGCCUCAGGCUAUCUGCAAGACUGUUGUGCCGGAUGAAUUUAACGUGCUGUUGUCUCAGAGGAGGCGGUGGAUCAACUCCACUAUUCACAACUUGUUAGAGUUGGUUUUGGUUCGUAAUUUGUGUGGAACGUUCUGCUUCUCAAUGCAGUUUGUGAUUUUCAUGGAGUUGAUCGGAACAGUGGUCUUGCCCGUGGCCAUGCUCUUGACUGUAGUCUUGAUCGUGAACCUGUCUUUGAUUACGAUUACCAACUUGGCUCAGGCUGCACCUCUGAUCCUGCUUGUGUUCGUCCUGACGAUGCCCGCUAUCCUGAUCUUGCUCACAACCCGCAAGCUGAUUUACGUCGCCUGGAUGUUUGUGUACUUGCUGGCGCUCCCAGUCUGGAACUUUGUCCUUCCUUUGUACGCGUACUGGCACUUUGAUGACUUUUCCUGGGGUGAGACCCGUAAGGUGCAGGGAGAAGCCAAGGGAGAGGCACACGGUAAUGCAGAUGGGAUCUUUGACUCAUCCAAGGUACCUCUCAAGCGAUGGGAUGAUUAUGAGAAGGCUCGUGUUCGUCAGGCUAAACGGAUUGAGCGCGCAGAGCGACAGCGUAUCCAUGGAUCACCCUUCUUACGAGGUCUCAGCAGUUCUCCCAGUAUCUACACCGAAAAUGGUGAAUCCAAAACGGAGGUCACGCCCGAGCUUGGACCACAGCAACAUCACUUUGACUAUAAUGGCAGACAGGCAAUGACUCCACCCUUGGCUGGUAACCCACCUCGACCUAUGAUGAUGGGAAGCCCUCUUGGACCUUUGAGCCCCAAUACCCCAAGCAACAAUGGAUCAACUGCAUCUCUUGUACCAGGACCUCAUCGUCAACCAUCCUUCCACCAACAAUCGUCACAUUGGGGACAGGGAUCUCCUAAUAUGCGCCCACACAUGUCUCCUUCUCAGGGCUGGCAGCAACAGCAACAUCCAAUGUCGCCUCCUGGUGGUCCUAUGAUGGUAGCCCCUGUGCCAAGACAUCCUCCCACUAUGGCUGGUUCGCCUAUGAUGCGUCCGAUGCCCAGCCCUGGUCCAGGUUGCAGAGCGUUAUCGCCCCCAACUGGAACGCCUAGCCCUGGUCUAGGCUAUAGAACACUGUCACCCCCGGGUGGAAUGCCUAGUCCCGGUCCAGGCUACAGAACAAUGUCACCUCCGAGCGGAACUCCUAUGCACUCUGGCAGCAUUCGCUUGGCUCCUCGUAACGAAGGGCCCAUGUCGCCUUAAAUAAGGAUAUAUUAUUAUAGAUAUCUCUCUCUCUUUAUUUUUUAUUUCUUAUUAUUUUUUUUUUUUUGUACAGUAACUGG